GCAAAAGGAUUAGCCAAAUGAUAUGAGUGAGAGGAUAACACACACCAAUACAUUUCCAAUCCCAUUCCAAGAAACCAAAAAUGGCUGCGUCUUACGCUGCAGCUUCUCCUUCAUCGAUCGCCUUCUUCUCCUCUUCAAUUUUCAUCUCCACACCAACCGCUUCCUCAAGGCUAAACUGUUUUUUCAAAUCCCACAACACAAAAUUCCCAUUGAGAGCUUUAGUUCGUUCUGAAUUGGCUACUCUCCCUGUACUUUCCUUUGAAGGAACCCAGGUAGGUACUGCCACUCUGGACCUCAAGUCCGCUCCUGCUGAAACUGCACGCGCUGUCGUCCACCGUGGACUCACCACUGACCUCACGAACCGCCGCCGUGGCACCGCUUCUACACUGACUCGCGCCGAGGUCAGGGGCGGUGGGAGAAAGCCUUACGGUCAGAAGAAAACCGGCCAUGCUCGCCAGGGUUCGCGGAGAACCCCGUUGCGACCCGGUGGUGGAGUUGUUUUCGGGCCCAAGCCUAAGGAUUGGUCUAUUAAGAUUAAUAAGAAAGAGAAGCAGCUUGCGAUUUCCACUGCCAUUUCUAGUGCUUUUGAGAACGCGAUUGUGAUUGAGGAUUUUGAUGAGAAAUUUGAGAAGCCAAAAACCAAAGAGUUCAUUGCAAUGAUGAAGAGAUUGGGACUGGACCCAAAAGAGAAAUCUACGUUUUUGAUGACAGAGGUUUCGGAUAAUGUGAAACUUUCAAGUCGGAAUAUUGGGACUUUGAAAAUGCUGACGCCCAGGACUCUGAAUUUGUUCGACAUUCUGGACGCGGAGAAGUUAGUUUUCACCAAAGGCGCAGUUGAGUUCUUGAAUGAGAGGUACGGGUUUGAUUUUGUGGAAGACGAGGACGAGGAAUAUGAAGAGGAAGAGGCAGAAGAAGUAAAUGCUGAUGAAGAGGCAGAAGGGAAUUCUGAAUCAACAGAAUGAUGCUGCGACACAUUUCUUUGAUCUGUCAAGGAUCUUUUCUACCCAAAGCUGGUGAAUGAUUUCUGUAUUGCCAAAACCGACAGCCAUUUUGUGUUUCUGACAAGUGUAUCAUAUUGCAAGCCAAUUCGAGAUGUUUUGAAGUAAACAUCAUUUCAUUAAUCUCCUUCUUGUUGUCUUGGCCUGGUAUCCUCAUUCACUAUCUUUUCGAACUUUUCUCUGUGUUGGUAAUUAAGGCCAUUUGGUUGCAGGGAAUUGUUGUGUAGUCAAUUGACAGGGUUCUUUCUAUUAGAUGGUUUUUAGUUUACUCAGGAAAAAAAGAACUUGUUGGCUUUACAGCGUCAUGAGUAAUACUACUUUUCUUUCCAUAUUA